AUGGAUAGUGAAUCACCACCAUCAUCAGUACCUAUAUCCAAGAAUCGUAAGAGAUGGCUCCAUAUCUUCGUUUAUUCAUUUUUUGUUCUCUCCUGCCAAGCAACAGCUACAAUUCUCGGUAGAUUAUACUAUGAAAACGGUGGAAAAAGCAAGUGGAUGGGAUCUUUAGUUCAACUUAUCGGUUUCCCUUUUCUUGUUCUGUUUCGCUUCUUUUCAACCACAACAACAAACACAAGUCCCAAACAUUUGUCUUCUUUCACAACCAUUGGACCAGUCUACAUCGGCAUUGGUCUAUUAGUAUCAGCUAACUGUUACCUUUCCUCAUUCGGUUUGCUCUACUUACCAGUUUCUACUUACUCUCUCAUAUGGGCUUCACAACUGGUUUUCACAGCUCUCUUCUCAUACAUCCUCAACUCUCAAAAGUUCACUCCUUUCAUAGUGAACUCUCUGUUUCUCCUCAUCAUUUCCUCUUCCCUCCUUGUCUUCAACAACGAAUCACAAGCCACAAAAGUCUCUAGUGGCAAAUACGCAAUAGGCUUCCUAUGUACCGUUGCUUCUGCUGCUGGCACUGGACUGUUGCUGUCUCUCGUGCAGCUCAUACUCCGAAAAGUUCUGAAGGAGAAUACGUUUUCAGUAGUCACUGAAAUGGUUUUCUAUCAGUCUUUAGUUGCAACCUGUGCGCUUCUUGUUGGACUUUUCGCAAGCGGUGAGUGGAAAACUUUAACCGGUGAGAUGAAAAGCUACAAACUCGGUGAGUCAUCUUCUGUGUUCUCCAAUGCUAUAACCGCUGUGGGAUUGCCUAUUGUUCCGAUAUUAGCAGUCAUAGUGUUUCAUGAUACAAUGGAGGGUACGAAAGUCUUCUCCAUCAUUAUAGCUAUUUGGGGCUUCGUUUCAUUUGCUUAUCAGCAUUAUCUCGAUGACAAGAAGUUCAAGAACCUUGAAGAUGUUCCUGAUCUACCUGUUUCAUCACCAUACAAAGAAGAUAGACACACAGAACAACAAGACGUCCGUAGCAAGAAAAGCAUAGAGAUGGAUAUGAUUCGAAAUAAUCCGCAAUAA